AGCAAUGCCACGCGUUUCAAAGGACAGUGCAAAUGGCAGAGCCCUUGUAUGUUCCUAACAAAAAAUUCUGUUUAAGUCUGUUGUGUUCCCAUCUGUCAACCUUUGAGAUGGUUGGGCAGGGAAAGGAAGCCAUCACGUGUUUCUUGGUAAAAUACUAAUGGAUAAAAAUGCCCUGUUUACAUGUAAACAUAAUUCCUUUCGGUACAAAGCAGAUCACGGUGCAGACUCACCAUCCCAGAAUGACUUUUGCUUUCUCAGAACAAGUUGCCAACGACCAGCCUUUCUCAAGCCUUUUCUCACAUGAACCAGCAAAAUGUUGUAGAGAACAGAGCACGUUGAUGCCUAUGGGAAUGACUUGCCACAUUGAUAAAAAGCCGUCAACUUGGAUGGAUAUUUGUCAAGGGGCACAGACUCAGCCCUCAGGUACAGUGGAGUUAAAAUUCAACACAAGAAUGGUGGCAAGGGACCACUGUGGGCGCAGCAGCAUCUGGUUGCAGCUUGAGCAAGCCCUGUGUGCCCAGUUUCCUUUUGCCCAGCAGCCCAGCCACAUUACUGGCCUUGUCUUCACCAUGCCCACUUUGGGUUCUCCAGUGUGGGACCUCACUGGCUCAGAGUCCUGCAGAUGCAGCAGGGAUGACUCUCAGUUACUCGUAAUGGACAAGUACAAACCAGCCUUCCUCCUCAGUUUCAAGUUAUUACUGUCCUAUGAGGAACUUAUUAAAGGGACGAAACCAAUACAAAGGAGAGGAAGCUCAGUGGAUAAACAGAACAUUUUGAGUGAAAUUCUGACAAAACGCAGUAGAUAUUUCCCCAUAUACAUGAGUAUUGGAGGUGCAUCCCAAAGACUUUGCUCCAGCCCAGCAGAGGGGGUGGAUAUGGAUGCGUAG